GUGGGGGCGGCAGCGCGGGGCAGUUCCUGAAUCGUCCCCGCCGCCCGCAAGCUUCCAGUCGGGCUCUUCCAUCAUUAAUUCAUCCCGGCACCAUGUCCGCCUCCCAGAUUCCCAACCUCAACUCCCUUCGUCGCGGCAGUGGUCGCGGCCGAUUCCGAUCUCGCGGUGGCAGUCAGGCCGGCGAUGCAGGCCACGGGUCGCAUGGUGCCAAAGACCGCGUGGUGCAGGGCACCGACAAUGACGCCAGCGUGUCUCGCCUCAGCGCCGUGAGCCUAGGAUAUCUCCAGGAUGCCUUCGCCCCGGCAUUGACAGCCCCUGGCAUGGAAACCCGUCGGCUGCCCAUCAUUAAUAGAGGAACCUAUGUCCGCACCACCGCCAUCGACCACCUCAUCUCCCGCUUCCUCGACGCCCAUCCCCCGCAGACCCAGAAACAAAUCAUCUCCCUCGGUGCCGGCACCGACACGCGCGUCUUCCGGCUCCUCUCCUCCUCCCCGCGUCCCAAUAUUUUCUAUCACGAGAUCGACUUUCCCGUCAACACCUCCGCCAAAAUCAAAUACAUCCGCGCCGCCCCGCUCCUCCAGCGCGUCCUCGGCAGCCAGGACGAUGUGGUAAUCUCUCCCACCAACGACGCCAUUCACUCCUCCUCCUACCACCUACACCCUCUCGAUCUACGUAAUCUAGCGACCUCCCCUCGCUUACCAGGCCUCGACCCUACCCGGCCCACCCUCUUGAUCUCCGAAUGCUGCCUCGUAUACCUCACCCCGGAAGAGGCGGGCUCCGUGGUCCGCUAUUUUACAGAGGACCUGCUCCCCUCGACCACGCCGGUAGGGCUGAUUCUAUACGAGCCCGUUCGGCCCGAUGACGCGUUCGGCCGCACCAUGGUGGCCAAUCUUGCUACGAGGGGCAUCCAGCUCCAGACCCUGCAGGAGUAUGCGUCGCUCGGGGCCCAGAGACGGCGACUCCAAGAGUUGGGGUUUGUGGGGGGCCAGGCAGCGGCGGAUGUGGAUUUCCUGUGGGAGCGAUGGGUGCCGGAGACGGAGAAGGAGCGGGUAGCGGGGCUGGAGAUGCUGGAUGAGAUGGAGGAGUGGCGGUUGUUGGCGAGACAUUAUUGUGUUGCGUGGGGAUGGCGCGAUGGGGAGGGUGUGUUUGAGGGGUGGAGGGGAGUGGAAGGACAGGAGUAGUCCGGAGUCUGUGCUACACUAACUCAGCUCAGACCUGCCAUUCCUCCCUCCACGUUGGACGAUGGGUGACGCGGGAGUGAUGAACGU